AUGACCGAUAUACCUCCGAAUUCUCCAAUCGAUCUUCGUGCACUCAUUCUCUAUGAUAUUCAUCAAUGGAAAACUACAGAAAAAUCAUAUGAAAAUUAUGAAAAGUUGUGUGAAGUGUUGGGAAAAGAAGCGAUUUCUUAUGAAGAAUAUGAGUCUUUCUUCAAUAAAUACGUUGAAGAAAGCUACAAUUCUACUAAAGACGGAAGAGGUCUCUCGAUUCCUGACAUUCGUAGAUGCAUUCUUUCUAAUAUCACCAAUGGAAAGUCAGCUGAAAAAUCGAUUGAAGAUUUGUGUGAUGCAUUCAAAGAUAAUAAAAUCGAUAAGGAAGAUCAUGUCUGA